AUGGCUAACCCCAGCGAUUCCACCACCCAUGGUCUGUACCUGACCGGCAACUUCGAAGUCGAGAAGAAGGCCAGCAAGGUAUGGCCAACUAACGGCAAUAAGGAGUACGAAGUUGGGUCAAAAUCCGACACCGAUAACGGCGAAGAUAUUAAACCCAACGUAUCAAGCAAAAAACCUGCCAAGUUUGUGCCAGCGCCUCUCAACGCACCCUUCAAGUCGCCCGUUGUCUCUACUGACCUUGCGUCCACCCCAACUCUCGCAUUUGGUUCCCAUGAUUCUGGACCCCCGUCCAUGUCCCCAGCGUCUUCUAGACCAACACCAGGACCAUCCCACAGUUCUUCCGACACUGCCACCUUCAACCUAGCUCCAACUCCGCUAGGGAAAAAAAGGGGUCGAGCUCAACCAAAGCGCUCUGGUAAGAAAGGCAAGACUCUUGAUUUGACCGAGGAAGCGUAA